AUGAGUAACACAACAGCACCCAGUGCCCCAAAGGCUGCCAGUGACUCCAUGGUGGGCUACAUGCUUGGCCCCUUCUUCCUCAUCACCGUAGUAGGGGUGGUGGUGGCUGUGAUGAUGUACAUCCAGAAGAAGAAACGGGUGGACAGGCUCCGGCACCAUCUGCUGCCCAUGUACAGUUAUGACCCAGCUGAAGAAUUGCAUGAAGCUGAGCAGGAGUUGCUAUGUGAGGUGGGGGAUCCCAAGGUGGUCCAUGGUUGA